CCUACCCUCGGGAAGAGGAGAAGAUGUGCCAAAUUAUAUUGUACAAAGUGUGCAUUGGUUAGAAAAUGGCAUUUUUUUAAAGGACGGUGUAAUAGAAGUGCCAAACUUAGUGCAUCAAUUAGACGUUCUUCCUGUUGGGGAUGACUUCAAGAGGGCUUUUGUCCUUUUCGCUUGCGGAUCACUUCUAGCACCCAUAUCGAAAAAUGAGACAAGCAAAAGGUUAUUGGAAGCGGUUGACAAUGUGGAUGCUAUUAAAUCGUAUAAUUGGGGGAAGUUUGUUUUAGAUUGGUUGAAAAAAGGAAUUGCGUCCUAUAAAGGAAAGGAAGGAAGAGAAGGUUGUACAUACAUACAUGGAUGCUUGUUCUUUCUCAUGCUUUUCUACCUACACCGUGUGGAUGUCAAUGGACCAAAACCGAAGCCUGAGAUGUCAUGCGUACGUGGAUGGACCAACAAAUUAAUAGGCGAGAGGUUGAAUUUGGAGAAGCAUAAAUAUAAUGGUUUCGGCUUCGGUGAGGUAAAGUUUACAACUGAUACAUCUGAAGAUGCCGAUAAGGAGUUGGCAUAUGAAAUUAUUAAAGUUGUUAAGAAAUGGAAGCAACGGCACAAUGUAGGCCAAGGCAGGGGGUCGAGAUCCUCAGAACCCAGUUCAUCCACACGACAACCUAACCCAUCUUCGCAAUUGUUUGCACAACACAAUCCGAUUGAGGAGGAAGAUGAAUCCCACAUACCAGUGGAGGAGGAAUUCGAAACCUCCACAAGACAAGCAAACUCACCCUGGUAAUCUUUUACAAAACACGAUCCCAUGGAGGAGGAAGGAGAAAUCCCCGCACCAAUGGAGGAGGAAGUGGGAACCUCCACAGCAAUGGAAGAGGAGCGUGAUGUGCAGGAAGCAGUGAUCCCUUUAUUACGUGUUAUAAAGCCUGGGCGCCAUAAGGGAUCACCUUGGGUUGAAAUGAAGGUCAACCGAUUGCGUGUCCUUCGUCCAGAAGCAAAGGCAGUCAUCUCAUAUGCCAUGGAUGAGAGCAGAAAUGAUGAUGAAAUGCUGGUGAACAUAAAUGAUAUUUUCCUCACAAGAAAAGAGAUGAGAACAAUCUCUUACAAUCAUUGGAUAUCAAAUAUGGUGGUUGAAGUCUAUUGCCAAAUGCUCCAGCUGAAACAAAAGCAUAGAGGAACCAAAUUUUUCUUUCCGCCUUCGAUUGGGAUUGAACUUUCCAAGAUACCUUCAAAAGUGGUUGAUAGGAAAGGUAAAAUACAAGCAGUUUGGAACAAGUAUAAAAGGAUAAGGAAUGUCGAUGAUAACAAAGUUUGCCAAUUCAAUAUGCUUUUCUUUCCAAUACUUGUAAAUGAGAAACAUUGGUGCUUGUAUGUCUUUAACAUUUGCGAUAGUCGUAUGGAUGUGUUGGAUUCAAUGAAGCAAUGUUCGCAUGAUAAGCGUACUCCAGACAAGAUGUCAAAAGAUUUGGUAAUGUUGGUUGAGGUAUUCACCGGAAGAGAUCUACAAAACUUCAUAUACAAUGUGCCCAACGUACCUCAACAGCCCGAUAGUGAUAGUUGUGGUGCUUUCAUGUUGGACUUCAUGGAGAAAUGGGAUGGUUCACUCAGUCACCCAAAAGAGAAGGUGGAUGUUGAUAGAUUACGUGCAAUUAUUGCUUCAAAUUUGCUUUCAGAUGACAAUAACAAAAUGAAGGAUUUUGUAAAGAACAAAGCACUUUAUCCAUUUGGUCAAGCAUGUUGAUUUCAAGAACCUCACAUACCAGUAUUUGCCCAGUUGGAAGCUAGAGGAAGUGGGAUAGGACGAUCGUUGAAUUUUCUAAAAAGUGGUACCUGAAAUGAUGUGGGAUAUGGGACAUUUGUAUUGUUGAAUAGUGUCAUUUUUUUUUUUCAUGUAUUUUGCACUCUGUUGGUGUUAGCUAUUUUUAAAGUUUUAAAGAAUAGUAGCUUUGCAACUUUUGAUUGUGGAUUAGGUUGGUAUAUUUUUGCAACUAUUGUAUGGCUUAUUAUAUUGGCAUCUACCUUACAUGAAAUCAAAUGAAGUUGCUCUUUUGGGUUCUCAGGAAUUAGUAUUGUAUGGCUUAUUAU